AUGGAUGCGACAGUGGAUACUAAGUGUAACGGCGGCGACAAUGCUCUCGACACAAAGGAAACUAUUGUAGAUUCAGUUGUGAAGAACAGCUUCAAGGUCUUAUCCGAAGAUACAAUUACGUAUCUUCGUGAAAAACACGUUCCAGAGGUGAUGGAAUUCAUUAUGCGAACCAUUAUCGCGCAGAAACCAGAAGCCCCCUUUGCUUUCAUUCAUAAGCUCACCUCUACCCCGUACCUGCCACGAAUUGUUAUCUCCGGGCCCCCAUCAACUUACGUACAAACACACUGCGAGCAAGUUCAGGUAUUCUACAAAAAUAAGAAGAAUCUUCGCCCUGUCUACAUUUCCUCCGGCGAACUCAUUCGUGACGAGAUUGACAACGAUACCCCUGCAGGACAAAUCGCGAAAAGCUUUGUCGAGAAUCAGCAAUUGGUACCAGAUUGCCUUGUGUUCAGUCUGGUUCGGAAUCGGCUGGAAAAAAGUGAUGCGAAGGAAAAUGGCUGGGUUCUCGAAGGCUUCCCGAGAACCGCCAAACAGGUGCACGACCUUGACGCAGAGGGGUACUCGCCAGAUCUUUACAUUCAGCUGGUCGCAGCGGAUGAGGUGUUGGAGGAGCGUGUUGUGUGGCAGCGGUUGGAUCCUGUGACUGAUACGCUCUACCAUCUCAAGAUGAACCCGCCGCCGUCGCACGACGUCGCCCUGAUAGAACGGCUCAUCCAGCGCCCGGAGGAUACACAUGAGUCGUUGAUGGCGCAUCUCAAGGCGUACCGCCAGGCCGCGGGCGUUUUGGCGGAGCAUUACGCCUCCAUAAGAGUCUGCCAGAAUGCUAACGUGCCUUUGUUGGAGGCGUUGAAGGAAACGGACCAAACACUCGAAAAACACUGUAUUAGCUGA